AGCGGUGCUUUCCUACGCGAGCCGGUUCGUGGCGGAGUAACCUUGAUCCUUUCGAGAGUCCGUCGUACGUGACAGCCGGUCGGUCGGUUUAAACCAGUCAGUGUUGAUCGGUGCAUCGUCCAGGCAGCAACCGAGACUUUAACUGUUUCCGGAGACCUUUAACUGUUGUUCGAGUUUCUUCGACAGCAUGAAGGCGUACGUUUUCCUAGCCGCGGCGUGUCUCAUUGCGUGCGCGCACGGACUUCCGGGUGCGCGACGCGAUUCUCUCGAGGAUGAUGAUGACUUCGAGGAUAUGAACUUCGAGUUUGCGAUGCCGAGUUUCUUUGCUGAGACUAUGAACAAACUCAGACAAAACCUGCUGAAUUAUUUCUGGAACAUGCCCGACGUCACAGACAUUAAGAUUCCUGAAGGCGCAAACACAACUUCCACCACUAAGAUCAUUAACGGACACGUGGUGACCAUCAACGAGACGACGUACACAUCGGGCGACGAGAACGGCGGCGCCGCAUUCCGCAUUCGCAUUAUCGACGUGAAGCCGCAGAACGACACCAUGUCGAUCGGCGGCGGCGGCGGCGACGUCGAGUCGAUAACGACGAAAUCGGAAACGACAGAGAGCGCCGAGACGAUCGAGGAGUUCAACAACGAGAUCCCGAAGAACACGGAGACGUUGACUGCUUAAAAAGUUAGCGCACGUUGUCCGAAAAAAACAAGCGAUUUGGGAACAUAUAUUUUGUAACAUAUAUAUAGUUGUGUUUUUGUUGUUGUUUCCUAUCUCACUUCUCGAUCGAACGAUUGUUUACAACGUUUACCUGAUGCGUCUCUCUCCGGAAAAAUGUCGCUGGGAAAAAUGUAAAAGCCGAGAUAUAUAUAUAUAUAGAGUAUACACGCGGAAAGAUACACGGAUACAAAUAUGAACGGGAAAUCUUUAAUAGAUUUUAAUUGUGUAAAAUAAUUUACGCUCUCUGUUUUAACUGCGAGAUUUAUUUUUUUUUUUUUUUAUUCUGAUGCUCUAUAUCGUUAAACGAUUUAAUUAAUUUUGUAUAAAAACUUCUAAUUGAUUUAAAAUUCCUACACUAAGUCAAACGGCAAUCAACAGAGUUUAAAGUUUAAUUGCGUCUUUAUAUUUCAAAAGAAUUUUAAACUUUGAAAUGUAACUUAAAAGGAUAUAUAUAUGUAUGUACACACAUACACAUACACACACAUAUAUAUAUAUAUUUAUAUAUAUGUAUAUACGCGUGUUAUAUUUUCAUCAUGUACAUCUGUGUAUCUUUCUUCCUCUUCACAGGCUAGAGCUCCUUUUAUGAAAUAGUAAAAUCAAGAUUGCAGAGAGGUAAUUCAUAAUUAGGUGCAUGCGUGUUUUCCGCACAUACAGAAAUAAAUAUCUUGCUUAUCUCGCGCUCUUUUUAACUGUCGGAUGCUGCGCACGAGAACCAAAAAAAAAAAAAAAAAUGGUGAGAGCGGC